GGCCCGCUUGUCCGCCCCGAAUAGACCGUCAACCCCGUCCAUCACCGGCCGAACCGGAGGGGCUCAAUCGAACCCCGGCCGCUCAUCCACAUCGGACGACACAUUAUACCCUGUUCUAGAAAGAUGGCUGCUGCAAACAAGGCCGAGGCGGUGCUGCUCGACAUUGAGGGCACCGUCUGUCCCAUCUCAUUUGUCAAGGAUGUUCUUUUCCCCUACGCCCUCAGCGCGCUACCCACCACCCUCAAAAACGAAUGGGACUCGCCCGCCUUCGUCCCCUACCGCAAUGCCUUCCCACCGGAGCACGCCACCACCCCGGAGGCCCUUACCUCCCACGUCCGCGAUCUGAUGAGCCGUGAUGUGAAGAUCUCGUACCUCAAGUCACUGCAGGGCUACCUCUGGGAGUCGGGGUACGCCUCCGGGGCGCUGAAGGCGCCACUCUUCCCGGACGUGGCACCCAAGAUCUCCUCCUGGACGACAAAAAGGGAUAGCGCCGGAGAUGGUGAUGAAGAAGGAGAAGCGGCACGAGUGAUGAUUUACUCGUCCGGGUCGGUGGCGGCGCAGAAGCUGCUGUUCCAGCACACGAACGCAGAGCCUGUGGCCGACCUGACUCCGCUGAUUACUGACUUCUUUGACACGGUCAAUGCCGGGCCCAAAACGGAGCGGGCCAGCUACGAGAAGAUCGCGGCCAAGUAUCCCGAGGUGCCGGUUGGCCGGUGGCUAUUUCUGAGUGAUAACGUCAAGGAGGUGGAGGCGGCGAAGGAGGCUGGGAUGCAGAGUGUCGUCGUUGAGAGGCAGGGGAACGCUGAGUUGUCGGAGGAGGAUAAGAGCAAGCACAGGGUGAUUAGGAGCUUUGACGAGCUGUAGUCGUCCGGGAGACUAGCAUACAAGUCUGUCAUUGCCAAUCAACUGAAACCAGCCACCUCGACCUAAUGUUGUUAUGGAGCCAACUGACCAACGUUGUCCCCUUGGAAACCCCAAUUCAUCCAUGCGAAGGAUGGAUUAUGCCACGGCGUUCACGCGACUCCUUCCGCGGUAUGGGGUCGGCGAUCAAUGCUCUCACUGUGGUACAUCCUGGUCCGAUUCCUUUGAGAGGUCCAUCAGUUGCCGCGUGAUGUGCCAAGACCCCAUUAGCUUCUUCUACCCCUCAAAACCUGGGGAAAUGGGGCUGGGCAGCCCUCCCGCCGUGGCUGGCGUUACCCUUCGGCACAUAGUCGUCAUCUGAUCAGCAUUGUCCAAUCCGGCCAUAUUUCAGGGGGACAGCACGCGACCGGAGGGCAAA